UGCGCCACGCCCGCGCGCGUGACGUCGCCGGCUCCCCACUGCCGGCCCGUUGCCGCUGCGGGCUCGGCCGCUGCGCCUGCCACCUCAUACACGCAGGGGAUGUGCUGCCUGGUGGUGACACUGCUAAAGGCGCCCUUUGGCUGAAAGCGGCACAAACCCACGACAAUGAGGGAGAAAUAAAGACAGAAGAAUCAACCCAAGAGUUUGCUCCCUCUGUUCAGCCUAGCCAUGUGAUGAACGAAGACAGCGUACAGUCUCUGAGCAUCGGCCCUAGACGCCAGAUCUGUGGGUGGGGAGUGCACCCGAGCUUAGUUUCUUCUCACAAAGAAGCCACAGGCACUAUCCCCGGUCCGAUCAUUUGCUUGCCCCCUCACAUUGAAUUCAUCAAUUGCCAGCCUGGUAAUCGGUAUAGCGUAAGUUCUGUGAUUGUUAUCUGUUGACGUCAUCUAAGUAAACUUAUGUCAUAAGCCCUAUUUAACUUUGUAUGAUGUUUCUGCAGCGUUCUGUGCGACUGGUGAACCGUGGUAGGGGGGAGGUGAGGCUGGCAGUGCGGCCCCCAGCACGUUCUGAGCUAAAUGUCGAGCUCAGCGCUCGGGGGCUGCGCUUGACCGCAGGAGCAGCCCUGGAGCUGACUAUCCACUUCACGCCAGUCGACGUACGACCCUUUAACGACGUGCUAACUCUCCUGGUGAAGGACGCUUUGCCACUGCUCGUUCCGAUAUCAUGCGUCACUGAAUCUCCACAGCUACAUGUGCUAUCGGGGUGUCAGUGUAAGGUGCAGCUUGAAGCGACUUGCAGUGAUGUUCUGGAUCUUGGCGCUCGUCUGCUGGGUGACGUGCAUUCGAUGCCGCUUGAGUUCCACUGCAGCGCUCGCCACGCAAGAUUCUACAUCAUGUCAGAGGAGGCUUGGAUUAGUUGGUGCGUGUAUGAGGGAGAUGUGGUGGCAGCGGGUGCGAUGCGGCUGUGGCCAGCGCGGUAUGCGGGCGGGGGCAGGACUCAGGGCCGCGUGUGGUGCCGCGCCUCUAGCUCCGGCCUGCAAGUGGCUUCGCUAAUUGUGCUCAGCUCUAACGCCGUCAUGCGCCCUCUUUACGUCAUAGCUGACUCGCUGAUGUAUAGCCCUAACCACGUUUUCAUCAAGUGCAGGGAGAAAGACUAUGACAUUCUUAGUGAAGACGACCCAUCCUGUCAGGGCUAUGUACACCUGGGUACUCUGGCACCGGGACGUAACUUCAAGGGAAACUUAGCAGUGAAGAAUUGCAGUGUGCUUAAAUACUCAUAUUUUCUACGUGUUCGCCAAUGGGACGGUCCAGAGAACCGAGAGACGGAUGAGUGUGACACCCUGGCACUUAGUGUUCGACCUUUAGAAGGUACACUGGAGCCUCGAAGUUAUGUCAUAUUGCAGUUGAUGACUAAUGGCGGGACUGCCCCAGGAGAACACAGAGCUGUGGUCCAGUUACUCCUACAGAAUAUACCGAGGGAAAGCAUUCCACUGGAUCUCGAGCAUACCAUUGUUGGUGAAGAUACUGUUGAGGCUGAAGAGAUUCCUGGAAUGAAGAUAUGGACCAGAAAACUAUGCUGCGUAUUAGUGGAGGAGGUGGAGGUGUGGUGGGAGGUGCAACCACCGCGCAUCUUUGUUGAGCCCAUCUACCUACCGCUGAUACAUUCUCGACGGGUUAAAUCAGUGGAAAUAAAUGUGCGAGCAACACUUUUCGGAACCAAAGCUGAGAAGGCGGAAUGGAAAAGACCAGAUGGCACUGUAGUGCCUGUACUUCUAUCACCGCUGGAACCCUCUUCACAAACUAUAACAGUUCCACUACCACCUCAUGAAGGUACAAACUCUGACGUGGUUACGUGUGCAACAACUGACGGAGAAUACUUUGCCAGUAUGCAUAUAGAGCGGCGCAGUGAACAGCGCCACCCUCGCCUAAACCCUACUACCACCUGGAUCGGGGUUUUACCACCAGGAAGUGAUGUCACCGCAUCACUUAAAGCCUACAAUGACACUUUUGAGCAGAUCUAUUUCCGGGCACAAUAUAUUCACUGGACUGAGUCCAAAGAGGAUGACAGUAUAGAGUGUCCAGAGGUUCGAUGCUCAGUCUGCCACCAGCGCAGCUGCCGCUGUACAAUGCUGCUGCCCACUGCUGGAAGGAUGCCGAUAGGUUCUUCUAAACAACUCAAGUUCCACACUCCCGCUGGAACAACUGCUGGAGCUGAUCUGUGGCUUGUGUCACUACAACGAUGCAUCGCCGACUCAGCAUAUCCACUCCAAGAGGCUCCUAUAAACGGACUUGCAGCUUUGAUAGGCGCUAGGAUCGUAGCGCCACAGCUGUCUUUGCACGUAGAAGCAGCACCACUUCAAAAGGCUCUCAUAACGAAGUGCUCAGCCGGUGAUGUGUGUCACUGCUGCCUUCCUGAACCAUUGAUAUUAGACGGGGAUGUCAGUGCAGGCCUUGUAAGACCCACUGAGCCACUGGUUCAAGGCCGCAUUGUUUACUGUCGGCUGAAAGUCAUCAACUUAACACCAAUACCGACCAGACUCCAUUGGGAAUCUGAUCCUGACAAAGACAAUCCAGUUAAAGUUACUUUUAAGCCUAAUGAAGUAGAUAUUACAGGCUACGGACAGGCAGAAAUUGAGGUGGAGUUGCUCGGCUCUCGUGUAUCUCUUCGACGAUUGUUUUCACUGUGUGGCUUAGUUGAACACGGGGAACCUGUGUACCUACUGGUGGACGCCGCCGUUGAUGGUCAGUCAAUAAGCCUAGAACUGCCAAAUGCAAGAGUGAUCUAUCGAUCAGAGGUUUCAGUGCCCAACCCAAAAAAGUCAAAACCACCGCAAAUGGUGCAAAGUGAAGAUAACAUAUUAACUCUCGAAGCAAUUUUCGCUAAACGAUAUCCAGAUUUGAUGGGACUCUCAGAGCCAGAUAAAUGCAGCUGCGAACCUUAUUGCGAAUGUCCACCCGUAAUCGAAUUUCGAAUGGUGCCUCUGCACAAAGAGAUGCAACAAAUUAUACGCCUCCACAAUACGAGUGUGCUAUGCGUCUCGUGGAGUAUCAAACCAUACUUGCUGGAAAUGGAUGGAGUAGCAGCUCUACGUGUUUGGGCAACGCCUUCCCAAGGGGUUUUGGCCGGUAGAUCUAGCGUUGGCAUACGAGUACAUGUGUGUUGCAAGAGAGCUGGGGCUAGAAAGGCUCUACUGACUCUGAAGACUUCCAAGAUCGUUCUACCGUUCCAUGUUUGGGUUCAAGCUAAUGGGCCACCGCUGAAACUCUUGGCUGCCUUCGAGGAAGAACAUACGCUUUGGAUGUCAGAAACUCAACUAGUCCGCACAUUACGAGCCCGCAAUAUCUACGGCGCCCAACUGAAAGUAGAAACUUAUAUCAUACGAGACUACGAGUAUGUUCAGAGUCAGCUACCAUUCCGCCUUUUCUAUCAAUUAUUUGACAUUCCUGUUACGGUUGAGAGAUGUCCCUGCAUGAAAGUUCAAUAUCAAGGAUACGAAGCAAGCGGUGAAGUGACGCCUAUACCAAGUCAGUGCUCCUCACAUAGCUCAUUGUAUUCUACCGGAGUUAGGCUUUAUCUAGGACCUGAUGUUGGAGUACAGGACGACACUUACUUUGAGGUAACACCAGACAAGACGAACGUUCCCAUAGAUUCUACAGAAUCUUGGGCUGUUACACUGAAAGAGAAUGACAUGGUGACUCCACCCCACACCCUGCUUCUGCGAGCAAUAGCUGUGGGCUACGACGUGGAGGGUUGGGAAGGCCUGCUGAUGGUGUAUUUGAAAGUCACACCGAGGCAGCCGAAGCUACAGAUAGAUCCAGAUAGUGUGGAACUACGAUUUUCGGCCUUGAAUUUGCCUUCGAACGAUGUCAUGAGGUUACGUAAAAGCAUUCGGAUUCAGAAUACUGGCACUGGUGAGCUGCGACUUUCACUGCACACGUCUGGCUCUUGGCUUCUGACGCUUGGUCGCAGCAUCACCAGUGACCGUGAAUGCUCCUGUAAUACGGAGGCUGUGGAUGAGUUGAUGGUGACAAUAGCACCGAGAACUGCUAUCGAGGUCAAAGUUCAAAUAGAGGUGGACACAUCAGAAUCCUGGCCAUCGCCUUGCCCCGGGCUGUGCGACUGCGCUGCUCAGACCCCGCCCGUAGCCUGCUACCCGGACAAGAAGUGGGUUAGUGGUGAGCUGGUGCUGCACGGCAAUCAUGGUGUGUUUCAGGUAGUCCCUCUAUCUCUAGAGCUUCACUACCCGGUGCUGAGUCUGCGGCCUCAGUCCCUUGACCUGGGCACGGUUCUGGCCGGGGAGUCUCGCAAGACGUACCUGACGCUGCGUCACACCGCCCGGGACGCCGUCGCGGUUGUGAUGCGCUGGGAGGGCGAUCCGGGGUUCAGCGUGCAUCCUCAAAGGCUGGACGUGGAAGCCGGUACAACCACCAACAUUUACGUCCUAUUCACUGCCCCGGACACCGCCAGCGGUCCAGCUGCCGGAGUGCUCCGGGCCAGGGUUGCCAGCGACGCCGGCGCCUGGUGCCAGGAUACUGCGGAGCUGAAGGCUGAAGUGACCAGGGACGCCGCCGCUCAUAGGCCGCCCCAUGACUACACUGAUGACCCUAGCUUAUUGCCGCAUCGGGCUAAGCAGGGGUUGUAAAGGGGAUGUGAUAGUGAAGUAUUUGCUGAAGUGUGAAGGUAUGUGUAUGUUAUGGAAGGGCAAUAAAUACCUAUUUAUAAUUAA